UUGUGCUCGCUCCUGCUCUCUCUGCUCUCUGACCCCAGUGGCAGCUCCGACUCACUGCACUCCGGCUCCCCCUCCGUCACACUGAGUCUGCUCUCUCUCUCCCUGUUGUCUGUCAGUGUCUCUCUUCCUCCUCUCCGGCGCUCUCCCCCUCGCUCUCUCGUCUGGUUUCUUUCCACAGGAGCCAGCCGAGGUCCCGCCGGGUCGAAGGUUCUGCCCUACACGCCCAGACUGCCGCAACCCCCGGACGGCCGCGUACGAACCUGCCCGCUCCCCUGUUGCUGCCGCAUGGACCCGCGUCCCUCCGCCGCCGCUGCCGCCGCCACCGCCGCGUAGAGGGCGACCCCGACCCGAGACUCUUUCUCCGGCCAGAUAAAAAACGCACAAAAAAAACCCCACACGACGAAGAAGGUCUGGUAUAAAAAGCCUGUCAAGCCCACAGUGGCCACUUCACUAUCAGUCAGGGAGGUCAGACAGGAGGGAAGCUCAGGGUGCGAGGAGACGCACAGCGAAGCCCGACUGCAGUGUGUCGUGGUCGAGUUGGUCGGCUGGGUCCCUGCUGCUCCUGCUGCUGCCGCCACUGCCGCCGCUGCUGCUGCUGGGGGACUUCCUGGGCUUCUUGAGCGGCUCUGAAGGAUGACCGCUGCACGGCUCGCUGCUGAAUCCCGGUGAACGAACGGCGUCUCAUGUCCAAACGGCGGAAGGAUGGCUCAUGGCAAAGUGACCAUCACGGUGGACGAGUACAGCUCCAACCCCACACAGGCCUUCACACACUACAACAUCAACCAGAGCCGUUUCCAACCUCCACAUGUCCACAUGGUGGACCCCAUUCCUUAUGACACUCCCAAGCCAGCAGGACACACCAGGUUUGUGUGUGUGUCAGACACACACUCGCGCACAGACGGCAUCCAGAUGCCCUACGGCGACGUGCUGCUUCACAUGGGUGACUUCACCGAGCUGGGCCUGCCCUCCGAGGUUAAGAAGUUCAACGACUGGCUAGGUGGCCUCCCGUACGAGUUUAAGGUGGUGAUCGCCGGGAACCACGAGCUGACCUUCGAUAAGGACUUUAUGGCCGAGCUGGUGAAGCAGGAUUACUACCGAUUCCCCUCAGUCUCCAAACUCAAACCGGAGGACUUUGACAAUGUCCAGUCGCUCCUCACAAACUGUGUCUACCUGCAGGACUCGGACGUCACCAUAAAGGGAUUCCGGAUAUACGGGGCGCCGUGGACUCCGUGGUUUAACGGCUGGGGGUUCAACCUGCCUCGAGGUCAGUCUCUGCUGGAUAAAUGGAACCUCGUCCCUGAAGGCAUCGACAUCCUGAUGACCCACGGACCUCCACUCGGUUUCAGAGACUGGGUUCCUAAGGAGCUGCAGCGGGUCGGCUGUGUGGAGCUGCUCAACACGGUCCAGAAGAGGGUGCGACCCAAACUUCAUGCCUUCGGAGGCAUUCACGAAGGCUACGGGAUCAUGACAGACGGCUACACGACUUUCAUCAAUGCGUCGACCUGCACCGUCAGCUUCCAGCCCACCAACCCCCCCAUCGUGUUCGACCUGCCCAACCCCUCCAGCUCCUGAGACCAGAGGACGGGGGUGGGGAGGGUCACGGGCAGGAUAAACUACUUUUUUUCUAUAAAUAUGUCAAGUUUAAAAAAAAAAUUCUAAGUGUUUCUUUGAAAACUUUUGGUCUUCUCCACGCUGUUGUUGAGAUUGAGGAGGUUUGGAGACGUGGGCUGGGGAGGGGAGUUUGUCUGGGAGGGUUAAAGGAGAAUACCGGUGUUUUAUUUUUUCUAUUUGUGCCAACAAUGCAGGUUUCCCUCGCAGAGUUUUGUCAGCGUAGUUGCAGAUAUCAGGGCUUCAGUCUGACAAACAGCUUCCACAACGUGAAGAAACUUCUGAUCUUCUUCUGAUUCCAUCGUGCAGAGUUUUUAUAUCGGUGCUACUCAUUGUUAUGCUCCACUUCCUGUUAAUCACCUGACAGACACAGGAAAGAAAUGGAAAUCUCAUCCAGGAAAUAAUCCCUCAAAUAUAUGUUGCCUUUUCAAAACAGCAAGCUCAUAUUCUUGAGUUCACAUUUUUUAUUAUAGGAAAAUAUUUGGUGUUAUUUUGCAGCCUUUUUUGUGAUUAUUAAAAAAUAAAACAAAAGUUUCUGCAAUUUCAUGAUCACAGGAAAACAAACAAGGAAUAUUUAUUGUCCUCCCCGGCCUUCCGUACAUUAGCACAUCACAUCUGCGUGUCUUAGCUUAUUUUGAGAGUUUGAAAAAUAAGUUUUAAAGUAUAAAUAAGUACAGUCUGCGAUGCAAAAUUCUGGGGGGAAUGUAAAAAUGAGCUAUGAGUGGCGCCGGUAUUCUCCUUUUUUCAGAGGGAUUUUGUGGUUAAACAAUCUUGCUCUUGAUAAAUAUUGGUCAGAUCUGUAAGAUAAAUGAUGCUUUGUGAAUUUGUACAAUUUCUUCAUGUUUGGUUUGCAUUGGCCAGACAAUGGAUGCCAUUGUUUUAUGUUGUAUCAUCUGAUAUUUUGUCUUUAGGUCUUUUUGUUUGUUUGUUUGUUUGUUUUCUCGUCAGUUCCUCUUUUCUUAUUGGCUGACAGGGACGCUGCCUUAAACUAGCUUUAAUGUUCUCAGCUAGAGCCCCACUCUCUGCAAGCUCAGAGAAAAGUCCUUAUUUAUUACCCAUCAUCCCCGCAAAACAACACCUGACUAACGCAGGGACAGAAAGUUCUCAAAUUACAACCCCGGAAAAUUCACUUUGUAACAUCCCGUUAUGGAUUUCUGAUCUGAUUUGGAAAAUGUAUGUAUAAAAUAUAUAUAUAUAUUAUAUAUUCAUGUUGUAAAACAUCUGUACUAAAAGUUGUGUUUGACGAAAAAAAGAAAAUCUGGUGCAUUUUUUUUUCUGUAUGCACCCGAUGUAUGAUUGACAUGUUUCUUUAAUGCUCCCAUCAGAUGCUCUUCAGAGGUUUCUUUAAUGUUUUUCUAUCGACUCUCCCGGUAGGGUAGACAUUCAUUUUGGAUGAGAGAGGAAAAUUUGUCAGUCACAAUCCAACAGGUGCUGGUUGUUCCCAACAACACACCUGCCUAAACAUGGUUAAGUUGUCCUUUAAAGUGUAAAUCUGAUCGUAUUUGUGUUUAUUGCUUUUUUUUUCUAAUUUUGCACUGUGUGUAAAUGCAAUCUUGCUAGCACAAAAAAAAUGUUGCCAAUAGUUGUCUCAACUUUGCCGCUGUAAAUGCUCUUUCCGUGCUCUCUUCCUCUCUCGCUCUUUCUCUGAUUGUAUCCCUCUUCAUGGAAAUGUUAGUUCUCUCUUUCAGUUCAUUGUGAUAUAUUUAGCUGCCUUUAUAUGCAAAUAAAAUUGC